CCUUUGGCUGAGCUGCCGGCCAACCAUCCAACCAGCCAUCCAGAGCUGUUGCAACCUCUACGCUCCUUCGAUCUCAUCAGAUCAUGCCGGACCGCCUCUUUACGGAGUGGUUUGCUUCUCAGAGAUUCGGGUCAAUACAUCCAUCAGCAAGGGCGACGGGCGCUUGGUGUUAACAAAACAAACCGCUGCUGCCGGCGAGUGGUGUUUAUUAUAGCUCUGGUUGUCGAGCAUGAGUGUUGAAGGAGAGCCGAAGCGUCCCCGCGCACAAGGCGGCGACUCGGCCGCUGCCGCUGCUGCCGGCGGCACACCGGUGAGCAACCGACAAGCGAACGCAUUCACUCGAGAGAGCACACACGUCCAUCAUUCAUCGUCUGUCUGUGUUUGUGUUGCAGUCCAUCAGUGAGGGUUUGGUUCGUCUGGCGGAGCGCAUCGCAUCGCUGCACACACACAUUGAUCAGGCAAGUGGCGCAGCAGAGGCCCAAUGGACUCACUGCUGGUGUGCUCUCGUCCACUGUGUGUGUGUGUGUGUGGUGCCUGCAGGUCUCACGAGAGGCUGCCGGUGUGCAGCAGCUCUUCAACACCACAGUAGCCGCACAGGUCAACCACACACACUCACACGAGAGAGUACUGCAGCCGUAACUCUCUCUCUGGUUGUCUAUCUGUGUGUUCGGUGCAGACGCCAUUUCUCGCCGCUAAGUGGGUCAACGUCUUCGCCGCUCUCUCGUCGGCUACUGAUGCGCUGCGCGGCGUCGAGGAUGGCGUCAAGGGCACCAUUCGGCCCAUCGGCUGGGCCAAGCCGCCCCCGCCCGCCGACUCGGCUGACGGCCUGCCGCCUGAUGUCUGCCGCGACGUCAUCUACCCGUGCCUGCCCAUCGAUGAGGCCGUCUGCUCGGCCCGCCCCAUCAGCAGGGCACACGGCAGCCAACUCGUCAAUGAGGCCUUCGUGCAGCGCUGCAUCGCCAAGCACCUCAGCCGCCACUCGCUGACCGGCCUGAUCGACGUGCACCGGACAGCAGCAGACACUGUCAAUGCUGCGGCGCCCACCCCUGCUCCUCCGACCGCCAGCAGCAGCAGUGACGCACCGGCCGCUGCAGGCGGUGACGGCCCUCAUGUGUCGCAUAUCUGCUAUCUGUGCCGGUGCUGCUAUGUACUGGAGCAUGGCGGGGCGCUGUGGUGUGAGUGGCCCGACUUCAUCCGGCUGGCUGACAUCUACAAGCUGACUCCCUCGACUGGCCUGCCGUUGAUCAUGUCGGCCCAGUGGAUGGCGGCCCACCUGCCCACCAAGGCCGACUUCCACACCAUGCCCCUCGCCCUUCGCCAGUACAGCACAUUCGGCCACCUCUUCAACUACAGGGGCACCAGUCUGGCGCUCACAAAGGUGGAUGAGGCCGAUGAUGGCGACGAGGCCAAGAAGGAGGAUGGAGAGGAGGGGGACGGAGAGGGGGACGGUCUUGUGACGAGGCAGCGCUACAGGAUCCGCGAUGUCUACUUUACGACGGUGCCGCUGUCCGCCCUCCCUGCCGACUGCCCCUUCCGUGACACAUAUGACCCCCACAACCCGCCCAUCCGCUACCAUGGCCACUUCUUCCCCUCAUUCACGGCCUUCAUGAAGUGGUUGGUGCUGGCGAACUGGUAUGGCCGAGAGGGGGUGGACGAGAAGCAGGUAUUCUACGCGGAAGUAGGCGAUGGCGAUGAGCCGUUUCAGCCACUGCUGACCCGUGACAUCGACGGCCACACCACCAUCGACUUCAUCUACGGCGAGCGGGUGCGACUCAUCAUCCUCAGGGGCACAGAGGAGGGGGACACCGUCGCCGCCUACCUGUGGCUGACCGGUGGCAGCAUCGUCCUGUACACAACCGAGGCGGAGAUUGAGGGCCAGGAGCUCUACGACUACCCCAUCGCGAUGUCCUUGGCCCACGCUCUCUUAACCAAAAACGGUCUCGCCCACCUCAUCCCGCACUAGAGGAGAGCACACAACACAAGUGAG